AUGAGAAACAAAAGACUUUCAGUCACUACACGCGAUCGCACACCCUUACAAAACACCACCCAAGACAUUAAAAAUCCGAUUCUUGCUGAAAAAGAAAGCCUCUUAUUCAGUUCAAUUCGAAAAUCAUCUGUAAACUUACAGCCGAAUGAAAAUUUUUUACCUAAGCAUCAAAGACAUAACUCGAUGGAAAUUUUGCCUCAUCCAGUCUCUGCUUUUCCAGAGCCAAUAGACCAGAGAAAUAAAGGGCCUCAUAAAAGAUCAGGGAGUGAGCUAGGCUACAUAAUAAUUCCAUCAAGAUCUCCAUUUCCAUCAUCUCCUACCAAUUAUAAGCUAGGUCCUGGAUACUAUAAUAUAUCUUUAAGUACCCUUUCUGGGCCUUCAUUUCAGUUUUCAACGUUAUCAAGGUUUAUAGAAAAAGAUUCUUAUUUAUUCCUGCCAGCCCUUCAUAAACAGAUUGGCGAAGAAGGCAAUAAAAAAGAAAAAUUCAAAGAAAUUGUAAGGGAUAACAAAAAUAUGAUGAAAUAUUUACCUGAAAACAGAAUAAAGACUAUUAGAGAGAGAGCCGGGGCGGAGUCUACAAGAAUUGUUGAAACGAUACAGAAAAAGCAUGAAAUUUUACUUAAUAAAAAAUUAGAAAAAAUUUUGAAUUUCGAAAGCAAGCAAAGGAGAUUUGAAUUUAAAUUAAAAAAAUGUGAAGUCUCCAAGAUUUUUCGAGCAUGGAUUACUAUGGAUGCUGCCUUCGGUUGAGCUACAGACAUUCAUGAAAAAUUUCUUUACCGAAAAGAUCUACACGAAAGGUCUCAAGGCGUAUUAAAAAAAUUGAUGAUUCUUUGUAUGUCAAUAGGAAAGUUCAAAAGACUUGUGAAAAAAAUAAGGACAGCCAGAGCUAUAAGGACUUUCAAAAGAUUGCAUACUCCUGCUAUAAAAUGGGCUGCAGGAAUGAAAAAAAAGUACAGACAAGGGAUAUGUGAGCUAACAGAAAGGGCGUUAUCCAAAGACGUGAUGUUCAAUCUGAUGGCUGCUUUUAUAAGGACUGUUAUUUUUAUACAAAGAACAAUGAGAGUUGUAGUAAAGCAAAGACAGCAAGGGCUUAUCAUAAAACAAUUAUUAUGAAAUAAAGUUGAAUAUAGAAUGUAUAUAGAACAUUGCGUGAAAAAGCAUACUUUACCUAAAAGCGAGCUUGAUAAAAGAAUCAGUUUUAAUGCAGUUCAAGGUCACUCUUCAAUUCCUGAGCUUGUAAAAGAUUUUGUUAUAAAGACAAACAUAAAAUUAAGAAGAGAUGCCUAUAUAGAACAAUUGAAGACUUAUAAUAGCAUGUGCAAAGGACUGAGGGACGAAUACGAAAAAACUCGAUAUAAAAGAGAAGCUGACGCAGCCCUUAAUAAUACAAAAAUCCAAGAAUUAAAAUUACCGCCUAAACCACAGCCAAAUUAUGUGUUUAGUGAGCAGGAAUUUAGAAAAAUGAUUAAUGAGACAGAACAGAAAAGAGGAGAGUGGGAAGAAAUUAUAAAAAAGCAAACUGAAAAUAAAUAA